AGUUAAAAAUUAACCUUAGUUUUUAAUCGGUUUAGCUGUCAAAGAAAGUAAAAACAAAUUUGUGGAGAAAAUAUAAGUUAUACAAAUAAAAGUUUAUUUUUACGUUUGCAAUGUAGUUAUUUCGAAAUAGUUAUGUUGAGCAAAAAAAGUAAAUAUUUUCUUACUGUAAUAUUUAUAGCUGCAAUAGGAGUAAUCUAUCAAAUUCAACUUAUAAACCUCCAAAAUAAAAUAUUUUACUUAGAGAACAUAAUCAGAAAUAAAGAACAACCAGAACGUUUAGUAGUUAAACAGUAUGAAGACGAUAUUGUAGUUUUAUACAAUAGGGUGCCCAAAACAGGUUCUACAAGUUUUGUUGGAAUAGCAUAUGACUUAUUUAAAAGAAAUCGGUAUCAUGUUUUACAUGUAAACAUAACUGCCAAUAAUAACGUUUUAUCAUUAACCAAUCAAAUCAACUUUGUAAUGAAUGUUACGAACUGGAAUACAAUGAAACCGGCAUUGUAUCAUGGUCAUUUUGCAUAUAUAGAUUUUAACAAAUUUGGAGCACCACAACCUUUAUUUAUUAACAUUUUGCGUAAACCUCUUGAUAGAUUUAUUUCUUACUAUUAUUUUGUUAGAUAUGGAGAUAAUUUUCGACCAAACUUAGUCAGAAGGAAAGCCGGCAACAAAAUGACUUUCGAUGAAUGUGUAGAAAAAAGUCUUCCAGAAUGUGACCCAAGUUCCAUAUGGUUACAAAUUCCAUAUUUUUGUGGUCAUGCUGCAAAUUGUUGGAAACCUGGUAACAAAUGGGCUCUUUCAGAAGCUAAAAACAAUCUGGUUAAUAACUAUUUUUUGGUCGGAGUAACUGAAGAAUUAGAAGAUUUUAUUGCUGUACUGGAAUUAUCUCUACCUAGGCUUUUUCAAGGGGCAAUGGAUUACUUUACCCAAAGCAAUAAGUCACACUUAAGACAAACGGUGCAGAAGAUUUUACCUUCAGAAGAAACAAUAAAAAAAAUUAAAGCAAGUACAGUAUGGCAGAUGGAAAAUGAAUUUUAUGAAUUUGCUUUAGACAAUUUUCAUUAUGUCAAAAGGCAUACAUUAAAGAAUAAACAGCAAAAUGUUAUGUAUGAAAAAAUAAGGCCAAGGCAAUCAUAACUUAAUCUAAUUAGAACUGCUAGAAAAUAGUAUUCUUGUAUAUAAAAAUGUAUCUCCUAGCGGAUUAUUUAUUUUUAAUUCCAUAAGAAAUUAAUAACGACUUUUUAUAUAUAUGUUGUUUAAUU